AUGGAGGAUGUGAAUUACUUGGAGUCUUGUAACAAGACACCCGUUUUCGACAGUGUAGGUUCAGUUACACAGACAUGCAGCGGAGAGAAAGUUGUACUUACUAAAACGUUUGCGAAUCAAAGUUCAGUGGAAAGAAAAAUUCCGGAAUAUAAGUGUGAGAAUUGUAGGAAAACAUUCUCUUCAGAACAUGAACUUUUCACACACCAAGAAAUACACAAUAAGAAGAAACCGUACCACUGUGAUAUAUGUGGAAAGUCUUUUGUGUAUAACAGUGUUUUAACGAAUCACAAGCGAAUCCAUACGGGAGAAAAACAAUUUCACUGUGAAAUUUGUGGAAAAUCUUUUAUUAAUAAUUCAGCUCUUGUUAUCCACAUACGUAGUCACACAGGGGAGAAACCAUAUCUUUGUGGAGUUUGUGGGAAAUGUUUUGUUGAUAGCAGUAAUCUAACGAGACAUAAACGAAUCCAUACAGGGGAAAACCCGUUCCAUUGCGAAAUAUGUGGAAAGUCUUUUAUUGAAAAUUCCAAGCUUACCAUCCACAUACGUAGACACACGGGAGAACAGCCCUAUCACUGUGAGCUGUGCGGGAAGACUUUUGUGAAUAGUAGUGAUUUGAAAAGCCACGAGCGGGUUCACACUGGAGAAAAACCUUAUCACUGUGAUUUGUGUGGGAAGUCGUUCUAUGUGAAUUCACAACUUGCGAUACACGUACUCAUGCAUUCUGGUGAGAAACCUUAUUGUUGUGAAGUGUGUGGCAAGGCCUUCCUCACCAACGGCCACUUGAACACACACAAAAAAAUACACACGGGGGUGAAGCCGUAUCCUUGUGAAAUCUGUGGGAAAGCUUUCCUUAAAAACCAUGAUUUAAAACGUCACACGCAAAUACAUACGGGAGAAAAGCCGUAUCGCUGUGAUGUGUGUGGCAAUUCGUUCUGUAAAAAUUCGACUCUGGUCGUCCACAAGCAGAUUCACACGGGAGAAAAGUCCUAUCUUUGUGAGAUGUGUGGCAAAUCGUUCAAUCGGAAUUCUGAUCUUAUAAGUCACAAACGUAGACACACCGGGGAAAAACCCUGCCCUUGCGAAGUCUGUGGGAAAUCAUUCGUCAAUAACAGCGACUUAAACCGACACAAACUGGUUCACACUGGAGAGAAACCGUAUCACUGUGACAUCUGUGAGAAAUCGUUUAUCACAAGCACCCUUUUAAAAAGACACGAACGGAUACAUGCUGGAGGGAAACCCUUAAACUGA